UUGAACUGAUCUUAGCUGUUCCGGGUGGAACGUGGAACAUAUCUAAGAAACAAUUUUGUGGUUUAUUUCUAAGUGAAAGUGAUCAGGACAAUAUUGGAAAAAAAUACAUUUUUUUUGCAGGCUGAAUGUUCCAUUUAUCGAAGAGUACUAAUUUAUAAGGAAACCUUGGAAUACAGCAAUCUAUCAUUGUAUAUGACACACUUUUUAUUUUUAGAACUGCAUAUUCUACAAACUUGAUGUUUUCGAUCCCAACGCGAAAAGUAUUCGUUCCGGAUUCCGAUUCGUUGAAUAUGGAAGUGAACCCGAAUGGAUCCGUCUAUUUCCUAUCAAAAAUAGGAAUGUCCGUGUGUUUAGAGACAAACAAACGGUUUCGAAUGUUGAAACUUUACAAUUGUGCAAUGACGUCGGUUUGAAGAUUGAACAAGAAAACACAUUCCAUUUUCUACAUUUCGGAGUUUGGAAAGAUCACAUUUUAUUCGUUGAUUGUCAUACAUAUGAUUGUGGGCAUCCAUCAGUCGCUAACAUGAAACUUCCACCUGCGACGCAAGGGUCAACAACUAUUACAACUGUUGUAACUAGUACGGAAACACUAGGUGUUGUUGCAGCCAUAGCACCUGCGAUGGAAGCGCCAACUGCUGUAACCGGGUCAACAACUGUUACAACUGUUGUAACUAGUACGGAAACACUAGGUGUUGUUGCAGACGUUGCACCUGCGAUGGAAGCGCCAACUGCUGGAACCGGCAUUGAGAUCACGACGAAAGAGGCAACAUCCACUGAAACUGCCACUACAGUUCGAUUACAAGCAAUGAUCAGAUCUGUUUCUAAGUACGAAUCGCCUGAUAACAAGACUUUCACAAUGUUUCUUAAUGCGAGAGGCAGCGAACCAUCAUCAGAUCUCAGAAUCACAUCAGCAAUUGAAAAAACGAAACGUACCACAAAACUAACCUUUCCUACCUGGCCUAGCUGGAGUCCCAGGUGGACCAUGUGGACUCCAAGAACUACAUCAUAUCAGUUGAAAAAUUUAACAACAUCGUCGGUGGUUUAUUCAGAUGAUGGGUCGGGAAAGGAUCCCUUAGGAUUUUUGACCGCAGUACCAAGCAAAUUGAAUAAUACAAUUGAUUCGAUCAAGAUGACAAGUUUAUUGAAAGUGGAAAAAUCAGGCGGUUUGAUGAGUCCAAUAUCAAUUGGACAUUCAAAUUUAGUGGAAAACAGUAUUGAACCUUCACUUAUCACGAUUGUACCAACCGAAAAUCGAAGUUCUGAUUCAUCUCUUGACGUUUAUUCCACAAAUUCAGCAAUCAAUUCUCAUCAUGGCGAAGGAGUUAUCCCAAAAUCUGUUGUCGUUCCGAAGCCUCGGUGCAAGAAAAUGCAUACCAAUUCUCGUCCAAAGUUUCAUACGAAAAUCCCAAUAAUCGUAUCGUUAACUCGAAGCGAGCAGUUGAUUAUUACUGAACCUAGAGCUGUUCCAGUAACUCCUCUCAUACCCAUAUUUCCUGUCGUUAAACUUCGUAAAUCACCAAAGACUUUAUCUGGUCGAGCGGACUAUUAUUCAGGAAUCUCAGUAUCAACCAGUCGAAGCACACAACGUUCGAAUACGAAAUCGGGACAAACGUCAAGUGGUAAAUCAAACGAAGUGCUUAUUCUUAUGGCGAGUAUUUUGACAGUAAUAUUUUUUUGAAGAAGUUUUGUAAUAGAGUCGAAGUUUUCUAAAACAAAAAAAAAAAUACAGUCGAGUAUUGUUUUUUUGUAACGAUAUGACUUAACGGACACUCGAUCUAGGUCCGUCAUUCUCAGAUCCAUCUUCUCUUCCGGCCCAUCUAACGUAUUCUCCUCGAUUGCAAACAUUCGGCGAGUGUCAGUUCUUCCUGACAUUCGACAACCUUUUCCGGGUACUUUAUUGAAAUAUUAUUUGCAACAUGUUCAGCCUACUUACAAUCAGCUGCGUUUGAUUCGUCCAGAACAAGUCCAGAAAUUGCAAACACUUUCUUCAAAUUGUUGUAUCUCGGAAACUGUUGCUUGUAGAAAAACCUUGAUUUGAUGUACCUAGUGACGCCAUGAUUCUACUUAUAUUACAGGUCCGAGUGUCAUAUACCAUUCGACUCAGUUCGUCGAAUACGCAAAAUGUCUUCAAACCAUAUAACUAUACCAAAUUUCAUUUAGAUACGACUAAGGGUGGCGAUUUGCAUUUCAGGUUGCAAUUAUCGUCAGCAAAGGUGAAAAGCUAAUUUUACGAUUUUUUGGUAUGCAUUGAGACGUGUUACAUAUAUUCAAAAUAAAGAUUGGAAGAGAAAGAACUAAAUUUAAGUACAUUCUGUGAUUUAAAUUUUAGCUAGAAUGGUUUACCGUUAAUUUAUGAUCUUGAACCAACUGAAAGUUCACUAGGAUCUCAUUUGAUAGGAGGUCUCUCUGUCAUUGAUAUGUUUGUUAUUUCAAGGGAGAAACUGAUGACGGUUUAAUUGGUGCUGUUAGUCAGCGCGUCACUGUCAACUGAUCGACCGUGUGUAGUCGAUUUCAAUUGAAUGAACCGAAAUGAAGUUUUACAGCAUUGAUUUAGGUAGUUGAACAUUUUACACAAAAUUUGUGUUCAAGUUUGGC